AUGGCAGAGAAAUCGAUACAGGAAAAUUCUCCAAAGACCUCUGACCUCGAAAAGAUCGCGUCGUCGCGGGAUCACCACAAGUCGCGGCUAGACCAGUUCCCGGAUCCAGAUGAAGGGCUCAGCGAGGAAGAGAGGGCGAAGAUUGACCGCGCCCUUCUCUGGAAGCUCGACUUGCGGUUAGUCCCCUGGCUGAGUCUGCUCUAUCUUGUUUCCUUCCUGGACCGAACCAACAUCGGCAAUGCGAAGCUCGACAAUCUACAGGAGGACCUUUCAAUGUCCGAUAACCAAUACAACUCCUCGCUCACCAUUUUCUUCGUCUCGUAUGCGGUCUUUGAGCCUCUGACCAAUAUCCUGCUUAAGCGGCUGCGACCUAGCGUGUUCAUUCCCAUCAUUAUGGUCUUAUGGGGCAUUUGCAUGAUGAGUAUGGGUUUCGUUCACAACUGGUCUGGUCUAAUGGCUGCGCGCUGGUUCCUCGGCCUCACAGAAGCCGGCCUCUUCCCCGGCGUCGGCUAUUUCCUGUCAUGUUGGUACAAGCGCUCGGAGUUCGGCGUGCGCAUGGCAAUCUUCUUCUCUGCCGCUGCCUUGGCCGGCUCGUUCGGUGGCCUUCUCGCAACUGCAAUCGUGCAGAUGGAUGGUGUAGGCGGCAAAGAAGGAUGGGCCUGGAUAUUUAUCCUGGAAGGCCUUGCGACAAUCGUUAUCGGUGUUGCAUCGUUCUGGAUGGUCUAUGACUUCCCCGACGAGGCGAAGUUCUUGUCGGAAGAUGAUCGGAAGCGAGUGCUAAGACGGUUGGCAGAGGAUCAGCAGGCGAGUGCUGAGCAUGAGGAGUUCAAGAUGACGUAUUUCUGGAACAGUCUCAAGGACUGGAAGACUUAUACCGGGAUGAUGAUCUAUAUGGGUGCCGAUGGCUGUCUCUAUGCCUUCUCGCUGUUCGUGCCGACUAUCAUCAACCAAAUGGGCUACUCCGGUAUUCGCUCACAGCUCCUCAGCGUGCCACCUUACGCGGCCGCCGCAGUCCUCACAGUCGCUGUCGGAUUUAUCGCCGACCGCACCCGCCAGCGCGGAAUAUGCAAUAUGCUCGUCUCGCUCCUCGGCAUAACCGGCUUCGCGAUGCUGCUCGGCGCAAAGACCCCCGGCGCUAAAUACGCGGGGACAUUCCUAGGCGCGAUGGGCAUAUACCCCGCCAUCUCAAACACGAUUUCGUGGACAAGCAACAAUGUCGAAGGUGUGUACAAGCGCGGCGUCACUCUCGGCUUCGUAAUCGGAUGGGGAAACCUGAACGGGAUCGUCUCGUCGAACAUCUACCGCGGCGAUGAUGCGCCGGAGUUUUAUCCGGGUCAUGGAACGGUCUUGGCAUACCUUGUUCUCUUCCAGUUUGGAGGUUCGCUGCUGCAGUAUAUCCUGCUGCGAAGGGAAAAUGCGAAGCGCAGACGCGGCGAGAGGGACCAUUGGGUUGAAGGGAUGAAUCAGGUGGAGAUCCGCGCCUUGGGCGAUAAGAGGCCGGAUUUUAUUUAUACGCUUUGA